AUGAAGCCGAGAAGCCAAGCUGAACAAUGCCUAUUCUUCGUGGAUGACUCUAACAUCUGGAUCUCGGCGCAGAGAGAAGCGGCCCGAGGCGCUUUUACCGGGAUGCCGGCCCUUUUAGAUACCGACGUGGACCGCAGACUGAGAAUAGACCUAGGCGAAAUGCUUCGUGUCAUCCGUAAAGGCCGCUCCCUCGGCCAGUUAUUCCUCUACGGCUCGAGCCCGCCGUCGAACGACUCCGUGUGGGGCGCCGCCCGGGCCCUCAACUUCGACGUCAAGAUCUACGACCGCAGCGGCCACACGCCGCGCGGCAAGGAAAAGGAAGUCGACAACUCCAUGGCCGCGGACAUGAGCGAGGCCGCCGCCGAGCUCCGCACGGGCGCCCUCUACGACCCAAAGAUGAAAAGCUCCUGCAGCGGACCACCUUCAUCACCGUGA